AUGAAACUAGAUUUUUCUUCAAUCACAUUAUCACAAUAACCAAACAAUAACAAAGGAAUCACGGGCGUGUUUGAUAUGCACACUAGCUUAUCUAUUUAAAGGUAAGUUUGAAACAAUUAAAAUGGAAAUACAAACGAAAAUCGACAAGAAAACGUUAGUCCCCGACGUCGCCGUUAGUGCUGUUUUGGUACCGAGUCAAGAAUUGCCUGCGGAAACGCCUAUAGUCUCAGGAUAUGAUUGGGAAAACGGCACUGACUACAAUAAAAUUCUAGACAGCUAUACGCACUCAGGUUUCCAAGCCACUAGCUUUGGUAAAGCUGUCGAAGAAAUUAAUAAAAUGCUGAAAUGUCGAUCUGUGCCACUUACAGAAGAAACUAGCGACCCUUUUGAAGAAGAUACCUUCAUUAAGAAGAAAACUAAUUGCACUAUUUUCUUAGGUUACACAUCUAAUAUGAUUUCAUCUGGGUUAAGAGAUACAAUUUUAUUUCUCGUUAAAAAUAGACUUGUAGACUGUAUUGUAACUACUGCUGGAGGAGUGGAAGAAGACUUCAUAAAAUGCCUUGCUCCUACUUAUAUAGGAGACUUUAAUUUAAGUGGUAAAAUGUUAAGGACUCGAGGAAUUAACAGGAUUGGAAACCUAUUGGUGCCCAAUGACAAUUAUUGCUUGUUUGAAGAAUGGGUCACUCCAUUGCUGAACGAGAUGUUAGAUGAACAGAUCAGCGAUGGUAUAGUCUGGACUCCUUCACGGAUUAUUGCCCGAUUAGGAGAAAGAAUUAAUAAUGAAAGUUCAGUAUGUUACUGGGCAUGGAGAAAUAAAAUUCCAAUAUUUAGCCCUGCUUUAACCGAUGGAUCUUUAGGAGACAUGAUGUAUUUCCACUCAUAUAAACGACCAGGACUUAUUAUUGAUAUUCUCGGUGAUCUACGUAGACUGAACACUAUGGCUGUGAAGGCUAAUAACACUGGUAUGAUAAUUUUAGGAGGAGGUGUGAUUAAACACCAUAUCUGUAAUGCUAACUUAAUGAGGAAUGGUGCUGAUUUUGCAGUUUAUGUAAACACUGCAAGUGAAUUUGAUGGCAGUGACUCUGGAGCUAGACCUGAUGAAGCUGUCUCUUGGGGAAAGAUUCGAACCAAUGCAACACCUGUCAAAUUAUACUCAGACGCAACACUUGUGUUUCCUCUACUAGUUGCCCAAACAUUUGCAAAGUAUUAUUUCAAAAAUAAAAAGAAUGUUUAA